AUGGGAUGUUUCAACGGAAGACCGGAAAUGGACAUCGAACUAACAAAUUCGGACAUGAAUGCACAAUCACAAGUUUCACAUGGGCUAGUUGAAGAGAAAAUUCGUCGAUGCUUACUGUCAGCAGUCACAAAUAUCAACCUAUCUGAAUCAGUACCACCAAAUAUGGAAGACUGGAGAUUCGACGAUAAUCAAACGAUAGACUCGUUCAAUGAGAGCUACUAUCGUAAUCAGACUCACUCAGCGAAUUCGUCGAUAUUGAAUCCGUCUCCGACACCUCGUGGUGAUACGAAGCGACUAUCAGGAGAACAUCUGGCUGUUGCUGCUCAAGUGCCUGAGAUCUUCAAAAAGCUCAAUGAAACUCAUCUUGUGUCACCCAACAUCAACAACAACGCUACUGCGAACAAGCUGCGUGUAAUGAUUGUGAAAGCAAUGCACUUAGGAAGAGGACCAUCUGCACCAGAUGUCCAGCAGCCGUUUGUUGUCAUAGAAAUGGACGAACCAGCUCAGAAGUUCACUACCACUAAAGGGAUCAACGCAUGCCCAUAUUGGGAAGAGACCUAUGAUUUCGAUAUAACACCUGCUUCAGAGGAAAUUCUAUUUGAAGUAUACGAUGCAAGCCUGAAAAAUACAGCCGAUGAUGACAACAACUUUUUGGGACUUGCUAUUGUCAAUCUUGAUGAAAUAAGGAAAACUGGCCAGCGCGUGCAAAACUUGAAACUACAAGGAAGGCCGUAUCGAAAAGAUGAAGUACAUGGUGAACUUACUGUGCAGUUCGAUUACUAUUACGAUCCGAAGAGUCUGGCUCCGGGCAAAGUAGUCGAUACAGUGAGAAUACGGAACAGUGCCGGAAGCGAGUUUCGUGAGACGGUAACCAGCCAACGGCGUGCUAUAUACGAUCCCCAUGAUAACUUCGAAUCAAUGGACAUGACACCGAGGAAAACCACAACGGUAGUAGUUAAGACUGUUUCACAGCAGCUGAAAGAGAAACCAACCAUACAAUCCGUUCACGGCUCUAUGGAGAACGCUGUUGACCCACAAACUCAUCGUAUUCUUGAUCAACAGUUUAACAACGAUGGAAAAAUGAGUCAGAUUGGGGUGAGCAGUGAAAAUGUUACUUAG